GGAUGAACUAACCGUCAUCUUUUGUCUCCACUGCGCUUCUUGACAUUUUGUCUUAUUCAACCAUUUUUUCCCCGUAGUGAGUCAGUUACAGUGGGCAGGGUCAAACAAACAACAGUAAUGAGCCUCCCGGUUCCGUUAAUUGUAGAAGCUACACACUCACAUUUAUGAGGAGCCAUUCAUUUAUGAAUUCCCUGCUCGGAGCUAUAGGAGGAGCCCGUUCAUAUUGACGCACAGGCUGAAGAUCACAUCCGUCGGUGGUAGUCAUCCAUAUUUUCUCUGAAGCAUUCAUCACUGUUGGUGGAGGCAGGAGAGGGAGGAGUGCGAGCGGUCACAACGCAGCAUCUUAAAGGACCACAGCAUCUCCCAGGCUAUGGAGGUCUCGUGAUGACACACUGCUGCCGCUGACCGGAAUCCCCACGGCGAUGGAGGCAGCCAGCUUCAACUAUGGCCGUGUUGGAUUACGUUGCCCGACCCAGACUGUUUCUCUGUGAGUUGAAGAGGAGGAAGCGACUACUAGCCAGUCCUGGACUCUCCUUAAGCCUUGUGAUCUCCCUUUCCUGGUGAAUGAGCCAGAACGCUAACAGGGCUCAACACCUCUUCCUAGCCAGCCGUCCUCCUCCUGGGUCUUUCUUCUCUCCUACUGAACGGACCGGUCAUGGAUCUCCUGUGGUUGCUGUCCAUGUCCAUGUUGACGGCGUGCGUCGCCAUCCCCAUGGAUGUGGCAGAGGGGAGCCACAGUCUGUUCACCUGCGAGCCCAUAACCCUGCGCAUGUGCCAGGGGCUGCCUUACAACUCCACGUACAUGCCCAACAUACUGAAUCAUUACGACCAGCAAACUGCCGCCCUCGCCAUGGAGCCGUUCCAUCCCAUGGUGAACCUGCAGUGCUCUCCGGAGCUCAGGAUGUUCCUGUGCGCGCUCUACGCCCCGGUGUGUACCGAGUACGGGCGGAUGACUCUGCCCUGCCGCCGCCUCUGUCUGCAGGCCAAGAGCGACUGCUACAAACUAAUGGACAUGUUUGGUGUCAGCUGGCCGCAGGAGAUGGACUGCGACAGAUUCCCAGACUGUGACGAGCCUUACCCCCGUCCUGUGGACCUCCUGUCCAGCUCAGACACAACCGAAUCGCCCGUCGCCGUCCAGCGGGACUACGGCUUUUGGUGUCCCAGAGAACUCAAAAUCGACCCAGAGCUCAGCUACUCCUUCAUGGGGAUCCGCGACUGCUCUCCCCCCUGUCCCAACAUGUACUUCACGCGCGAGGAGCUGACGUUUGCACGCUACUUCAUCGGGGUGGUGUCCAUCGUCUGUCUGUCCGCCACCCUCUUCACCUUCCUGACUUUCCUCAUCGAUGUAUCGCGAUUCCGCUACCCAGAGCGUCCAAUCAUAUUCUAUGCUGUGUGCUACAUGAUGGUGUCUCUAGUGUUCUUCCUGGGCUUUCUCUUGGAGGACAAAGUUUCCUGUAACUCAGCGAGUCCUGGGAGGUUUAGGGCUUCAACAGUGACCCAAGGCUCCCAUAAUAAGGCCUGCACCCUUCUCUUCAUGGUGCUGUAUUUCUUCACCAUGGCCGGCAGUGUCUGGUGGGUCAUUCUGACCAUCACCUGGUUCCUGGCUGCUGUUCCUAAGUGGGGCAGUGAGGCAAUAGAGAAGAAGGCCCUCCUCUUCCACGCCUGUGCCUGGGGCAUCCCCGGCGUCCUCACAGUUAGCCUGCUCGCCAUGAACAAGAUCGAGGGCGACAGUGUCAGUGGGGUUUGCUUUGUGGGGCUUUACAACCUGACAGCCCUGCGCUGGUUCCUGCUGGCCCCACUGGGGUUGGACGUAGUGGUCGGUGUGGCGCUGCUACUGGCAGGCAUAGCAGCACUAAACCGAGUGCGCAUGGAGAUUCCGCUGGAGAAGGAGAACCAGGAGAAACUGGUGAAGUUCAUGAUCCGUAUCGGCGUGUUCUCUGUGCUCUACCUGGUCCCUCUGCUGGCCGUUCUGGCCUGCUACCUUUAUGAGAACAGCUACCGUGCCAUUUGGGAGACCACCUGGGUCCAGGAGAGGUGUCGAGACUAUCACAUCCCCUGCCCCUACCAGGUGGAGCGCACCAGUCGUCCUGACCUGGCUGUGUUCCUGGUAAAGUACGUGAUGAUGCUGAUCGUAGGAAUCCCCUCGGUGUUCUGGGUGGCCAGUAAGAAGACCUGCUUCGAGUGGGCCAGCUUCUUCCACGGCAAGAGACGCAAAGAAGCAUUAACCCCCUCUCCCACCGCCUGCUCCACACACUCCUCCGUUCUCUUCUACCACUCCCACCACCCCACCACCUUCCCCCUCUCCCUCCCCACCCUCCUGCGUCUCUCCCUGCCCUCCCUUCCUCCACUCCCCACUUUCCCCUCCUCCCCCUCCUGCUCCACCCCCUCCCUGUCCUGCAGCAGGAUGGUCAACGAGAGCCGACAGGUGCUCCAGGAGCCCGACUUUGCCCAGCUGCUGCUCAAGGACCCCAACACGCCCAUCGCGAGGAAGUCCCGGGGCACGUCCACCCAGGGGACCUCCACCCACGCCUCGUCCACCCACCUGGCCAUGUUGGACGAGCCGCCCAGCGGCAGCACCAGCCGGGCCGGCUCGGUCCGCAGCGCACGCUCCAAGAUGAGCAGCUACCACGGCAGCCUGCACCGCUCACGGGACGGCAGAUACACGGCCUCCAGUUUCCGGGCCAUGGACGACCGGCUGCCCUACGGAAGCAUGCCUCGCCUCAACGACCAAUCGCAGUCCAGACACUGUAGCACCAAUCGCCUGGACAGCCUGUCACGGCACGGCUCCACCCAACGACUGGAGAGCCAAUCACGGCACAGCAGCGUCAGGGACCUCACCAGCACCACCCAAGCUGUCCUCGGUAUCCCCGGAAACGGGAUUCACCGAGUCCUGGAGGAGGACGGAGCUACAGCCUGAACAGGACGGCGGCCACUCCGGAAGAUGUGACUGGACGGGUAGAUGUGAAAGGAGGAAAGAUGGCUUAUCUUUCUUUUUAUAGAACGUUAAAGAACGAAUGUGUGAGGGUUCACAGUAAGCCUGACAGAAAGGCAGAGUAGCAAACACUGUGGUGACGUUAGCUAGAUCCAGCCAGACUGACAGGACUGAGUGUGGAUUGAUGCCUUAAAAUGUCCUCUCAGCUUUACUUUGACCCACUAGCUGAUCCCAAAAACUCAACUUCAACAUGAUUUUUGUCCAGUUUACAAAACUACGAGGGAUUUUGAGGUCCUGAUAACCAACACUGGAACAUGACGACAAGGCUUCACUGUUGGACAUACGUUACUGAGCCAGUCAAAAACUAAAUGGGACCAACACUGACAGACUGCACUGGAUUGGUUUUUAUUUGUACUGUAGUGGUUUGUAAAAAGAAGGACUGAAUGGACAUCAGACAUUACUAGAGCCUUCUCUUCUAGUCUGUGUUUUUUA